CCCCAAACGGCCACCGCUUCCAUCUCUUUCAUCCCUCGGUCUUCGUGGCUCUCUCUCUCAAUCCCUUCCGUGAUUCCUCUCAAACUCCCAAGAAAAUCAAGGAGCAAUAAAACAAGAUAAAACAAAAAAGAAAAGAAAAGAAAAUAAUCUUUUCUCAUAGUCUCUCAUCCCUCUCUAUCUGCGUCUCUGUCUCCCCUAAAAUGAAGGCCAACAACGCCGCCAACACAAAGCUCGUACUCCUCCACCACCCCUCCUCAAUCCACAAACAAAACGGCGCAAUCUCCUGCUCCUCCUCCUCCUCAAACGCUCACCGUCUCUGGCUCCUCUUCGUCACCACGUUAUGCACCUUAGCCUUCACCGUAACCCUCUUCAGCUCCACCAUCCCCUCAUCCAGACCCACCAGCAGAACCUCUGCUUUCACCACCGCGCCUCUCCCGCCACCCAUCUCCGACGCACUCCUCCACUACGCCGCCACGGCCUCGAACUCCUCCGCCGGCUCUCCCCACAUGUCCUCCGCCGAGCUCACCUCCAUCUCCGCGGCUCUCACCCGCUGCUCUCCCGGCUGCAAUUUUCUAGUCUUCGGUCUGACCCACGAGUCCCUCCUCUGGCACGCGCUCAACUUCAACGCCCGCACGGUUUACUUGGACGAGAACGAGUUCUUGGUGUCCAAGUUCGAACAGUCCCACCCGGGAAUCGAAGCCUACGACGUGUCGUUCUCCACCAAGGUCUCCGAAAUGCCGGAGCUCAUUCAAGGAACGAAAUCCCAGGUCCGGAACGAUUGCAGGCCGGUGCAGAACCUCUUGUUCUCGGAAUGCGUGCUCGGGAUCAACGACCUGCCGAAUCACAUAUACGACGUGCCGUGGGACGUGAUUCUCGUCGACGGGCCACGUGGGUACUUCCCCAGUGCCCCCGGGAGGAUGUCAGCGAUAUUCACGGCGAGCGUGCUGGCGAGGAGCAAGAGGGCCGGCGGGUCACGGUCACGGACCCAUGUGUUCGUGCACGACUUUGACAGAGAGGUGGAGAGGACGUGCAGCGAUGAGUUUUUGUGCCAAGAGAAUUUGGUUGAGACUGUGGACUCGUUGGGGCAUUUUGUGUUGGAGAGAAUGGAGGAGAACUGCUUUGAGUUCUGUAAAAAUUCCACCACUUCCUCUUCAUCAUUGCCAUCGUCGGAUUUAGAUUCUUUAUCAUGAGAAGAUGAUGAAGAUUAUCAUUGAGUCAGAUGGGGUUUGUGAUCAAUUGUAUUAUUAUUACACUUUUUUCGUUUUUUUUUUUCAUAGAAAGUAUAGGUGUAAACUGUUUCAAGCGUGUCCAAAACAAAGAUGAAGCAUCAAAGUUUUGGGUAUCUUUGAAAGUUUCUUUUUUUUAGUGAGUUUGCUCUGUUUGGUUGCUGAGAAACGUUGGGAAAGAAAUUGCUAGAAUUUGAAACUUUGAGAAGCCGA